GGGCGCUGUCAUGUCGAUCGCCGGCCCGAGAGGGACGCGCGAAGGGAAGGCCGUGUGGGCGCCACUGCUGCGUGAGCCACCGACGUUUGUUGAUAACCCCGAGUGCAGUGAUAUUGUGCACCGCCGGAGAAUAUAAAUUCCCUCGUCCUGCCUAACGCGCUGUGCCGCGGUGAUUCUGUGCGCCGCCAGCCUUGGAUUAUAGAGCCCGCGUCGUCCGAGUGCGGCCGAUAUGGGCGACAGCCCGGACCGCAUCCAAGCUCCGAGCAUCUCGGCUGUCCACGGCGCGUCGGCUUGCUGGAGCUAACGGCAUAGCGCCACGCACGACCGAUUCGGAACCAUGGACUACAUCCGAGAGUUCGACAUUCGUCUAGAGAAGGAAAUGUACUACGCUGGAGAGACGCUUGCGGGCCAUAUUAUUGUCAACACCGUGGAGAACUUCAAAUUGAGAGCCAUCCGGGUAAUGCUCAGGGGCAAGGCACAUGCCGAGUGGAAGGUGGUGGUUAGCGGCGACCGGCGGACGGUGAAAGACGACCAGGUCUUCAUCGACGACCGGGCCGUCAUAUGGGGAAAAGAAAAAAGUGAUGGCAGCCUUCCCAUACUGCCCCGGGGCCAGCACGCUUUCGCAUUCCGGUUCCAGCUGCCCGAGAGCAAUCUGCCAUGCUCGUUCGAGUCACGGCCCUGCACAGUGCGCUAUUACGUCAAGGUCACCAUGGACAUCCCGUACGCGUCACCACCGCAGGGCAUGAAGUACUUCACCAUCAUCGGGCCACACAUCGACUGCAUGGACGAGCAGUAUCUCAAACCGUUGGUCGGCCAGGACAAGCGCGCCGUGUGCUGCCUCUGCUGCCAGAGGGGCGUAGUCAGCUUGCGUAGCGCCCUCGAACGGUCUGCCUACUGCUGCGGCGAGAGUUUGCGUCUCAAGGCCGACAUCGACAACCAAAGCGAGGAAGAAGUGCGGCUCAAGCUCAAGCUCGUACAGCAUGUCGAGUUCUUCAUCGACCGUGGCGUGUUGGGCGUGAACAAGGAGGCGACGCACACAGUGCUCGAGUACCGCGGCGACCAGAUCCAGCCACACACGCGCCACAAGUUCGACAGCUCCAACAGCCUGGUGGUGCCCGUGAUGCCGCCCACGGUGGUUGGGGUGUGCCGCCUCCUGCAGAUGUAUUAUGUGCUCAAGGUAUGGGUCGAGAUGGAAAAAUCUGGCGAUGACCUGGUGAUGAACUUUCCCAUCACUAUUGCCACCUGUCCAUUCAGGAUUCCCAAUUCUAAGCAGGAGCCCUGCAUCGACUAUGCCGUGUGCUGCGAUCACGUGGAAGGAGGAAUGUACAUCGGUCCCGAGUUCCAGCUGGGUCAAGUUUACGACGGCUCGAUGGGUGUCGAAGAGGGCGAGACAGUUGUGCUGUACAGGCCAGUGUACGUGUCCAUACGAAACCCGACCCGCGGUAGCAGCUCCUCCAAUGCUGGUGGCGGCAGCGCGUCCUCCGCAGGAGGGCAGCACCAACCUGGAAGCGACGACCCGCCGCACCGACAUCUCGCCACGGCGUAACGCUUGUAGAGAGGCGUGCAGAUUGCCGAAAGCAACUCGAGUCCCUUGCAGGAUACAGGCUCCCUCGUUAAGGAGACUGCCGUUCUCUAUGGCAUGGAAUGACAGGGUGAUCCAGUGACGAUGAAGCGUCUAGCAUCUGCGAAUAAUCUCCACACAACACUUCGGAUUUGGCGAAGCUUGUGCUGGUUUCUUCUACUCCACAAAGGAACAAGAGCUUAACAAGAAAUCAAGCUCUGUCCUCCUUCAAAGCGAAGCUGAUCGUGGAGGGGCUGAACGGAAAGAAGAGGAGGAGACUGCGAGCGUGAAAGAGGACGAGGAGAAAAGACACAACAAAAGUGCAGUGGACGCUGUUGUGAUAACCUUUCAUCUUGAACACAGGAUUUUGAACUUUACCGAGCAGCACAACACGCUCUCAUGUGUUUAGAAACGAUGGAAGUAGCGUGUCAAAAAUGCUGGUAGCGGAAAAUAUAAUUCAGUUGAAUAUUUUGUCGAAUAGAAAAAGUCACGUGGUGUUUGACUGUGCAUCCUAGAAUGAGAAGCUCAUUUUCGUUCGUUAAAACUCGGUCACAACGCGCGUGAAGCACUCAUUCAGUGAAAACAGACCUUAAGCAGGGAUGAAAGGUGCUGCGCAGAGAAAUACAUUCUCUCGAAAAUAAUGGAAUACAGCUGCCUGUUUUGAGGAAACCAGCGUCCUAUAUUUGUACUCAACACGAGGCUCCGAAUACUGGUGAUAUCAUUAGGUUGUCUUGAAAGAAGACGCACGGCUCAAACUGAUUUAAUCCGUUUUUAUUGUUUGUCGAAAAGGCAGGAAUGGAAGCUGGAAUUGCAGGCGGGCUCCUGUGUUUCUUCAGUCAUUCUCCGUCUAUGAUCACAUGAAAAUCGGCACUUGCAACUGAGUGGGUUAUAAACGUGCCUACGAGUAGGCAUCACUGCGACACUGCAGUGACUAUCUUUUCAUCCCUGUCUUGAGGUGCUUCAUCACCCAUCCGUCGUGCUGGCUUCUUCUCCAGGCAUUGUACAAAUGCUUGUGAACUUGGAGUGCGGCUCACAACGGAGAAGCACUCGCAUUUUACACCUUGCAAAUUCACCGCCUUGUGGUUAGACUCAUUUGCAUUCAUUGUACAUUCCAGUUUAGAAAGCUCGUCAUACGCUCUUGCAGCUGCAGAAUUAGUGAUAGAAAUUAGUAAGUUCCUCAUCUGAAGCACAUGUCUUUGUACCACUGAAGUGAACUGAGGAAAUUGUACUUCAUUCCGCGUUAACUAUUCAUUUUGCCUCUUUUGUGAACCGUCCUGUUGUCGUAUAGCUGUAUCCUUGAAGAAACCAUGCGUAUUUCUAUGGUGUUUGGUGGAAAAUUUUGGCCAUGUAAAUCUCAGCGCCGAAGCACCACCAAAAUAAAUAAGAGCAUUGCAGAUUGCACAACGAUAUCAUGCCAGUGGCUUAAGCUUGGUGCAUUUGACUUACAGUGGUUUUUCAUUCGUGACGAAAUACACUGUCGCGCCAUGCAUCAAGCAGCUUCUUACCAGAGUCGCCUGUGCUUAUUAUGCCGCGCACGAAGCUGGUGUCCCCGUGUACGUGCCUGGCGGCAGCCGCGCACCAAGUAUACCUUUGCCAUUUAAUUGGCAACAGUACCGAGAAAAUGAAAUUUUUCUAUCAACUUAUGAGACAAGUUCAUGCGCAAUGGUUGGCCUGCUGAAGGCUGGCUUAAUAAGGAUGCUAAAGACUGUGGUAUGUUUAAUCAGUAGUAUAGUUUAAAUUAUUCUUUCAGUGUCAAUUCUGGCAGUUUUCUGAAAAUUUUAAAAAGGAGCAUUCUCAUAAAUUUAUUUUCGUGCUAAUAAAUGUCGAAAGAAUACUAAAAGGUGUAAGUAGUCAAGUGGACUAAAGGAAACAUGGCAUGCUUUUUAAAUAGACGAGGACGUUUCGGAGAAGGAGAUUUCUACGUAGAUCUCCUUCGGCGCAAGAUGAUCAAAUUUAGAGCUACUCUAAGAAGGAGCGCUGCUCUGUGACCUCGCGUUCAAGGCACAUUCUGAGACUUACAAUGACGAUGAUGCACGCGCGAACGCGUUUCAAUGUUUUGAAAGCAAUUCAGUCUUUUGAACUUGUAUAAGCUUCUGUAAAAUUUAGUUCUGUUCUGUCUGUCCAAGGCUAUAUACUGAUUUCAAUCUUGUGCAAGAGUUUGCCUUUCGGAAGAGCUGAGCGAAAGACUUUUGUGCUGUGCUAAGGAAUGUGCCGCCUCGGAAUGGCUUUUCUAUACUUCUGCCUAAGGCUUCAAGGGCGACGCAAACUGAUGGGGAGCUAGGAUGAAUUCAGUAUGUGUGUUCACUAUUCGCCCACUUUUUUAUAUGUAUUUGUGAAGUAGAGAUAAUUCACACAUUGUAUUCUGUGCUGAAUCACAAGCUGAGUCGAUGGUUACAUUUUUAGCAUGGUGUUCAGACUUUGUAAAAUAUAGUUUUGCCCAACUUAUAGAAUUCAAAUUCUUUGUAACAGAUAUCUGUGUUUGUUGAAGUGUGCAUUUUAUUUGCUGUGUUCUGGCGUUGUCACUUGUGGUAAGUGGUGCAGUGGACAUUGUUCAAUAGUUCGAUAAUCGUGCUCGGCGAAGUCUACGAGACGCGAGAAAUGUUCAUCCCGGAAGUGAGCGUGCAGUGCGGUGUUAGUUGCUUGGCCGGUGUUAUGCGUAGUUGCGCGAAGCAUUGCAUCUUAUUUGUAACAUGCGAUACCGUACCGAAAUUCAGUAAACGUAGGUUUUAAUACCGUGUGACAACAAUGGAGGGGUAGUGUUUGUACAAAAUCUUGGCUUAAGCGCAUGCACUGAAAAGAAGUAUGAAGUUUUCGUCAUAGGGAAGACACAAUGAGUGAUGCAGAUUUUCGCAUCGCAUUUGGUGUUACAAAAGCCACAAUUGAUUAGUAGUUAUCGUACAUCUUCGAUAACGUACGUCAACACGGAGGGUAGUGCACCUACCGCACGUCAGUAAAAUAUGCACGGUUAGCAUACGACUGUGGUGCCUGGAAAAUUCAUAAUGGUCACCUCGUGAGCAAGAUGUCGGAACAUAUAUAUUUCGUGUCGCCAACCUUCAGCUAAUCUGCGCCUGGUGGUGACUGUGAGGAUGUCGCGCCUCCUGCGUCUCAUAAGACAUGACUUCAUCACCGCUAAGGAUUGAUACUUAUUUCACCAGAAGGAAAGAGACAACGUAAAGAGACGGAACACGAGAAAGCUUGAGCGCUCAAGCUUUCUUGAUGUUCCGUCUCCUUGCGUUGUCUGUUGAAUUACUUUCAGGCCCGAACGACUGCAUCUGAAUGAAAUUGCGCCACGUUGUGAUCAAACCGGAAUGGAUCUCUGAGCGUUUCCACUGCUGUUCGGUGAUAUGCAGGGUAGGGGAAACAAAAUUUUUGCUGCAUAAAUACUUGCGGCAUCAGACGACACAAGUAAUUACACGUUUGUAAGUGACACAACAAUCGCUGCAAGGAGCCGAAGCCAGAAAAGCCAGUGCCUAUGCAGUUUUAGUUUAGCGUUUGCUUCCUGUCAGUGCCACACAUUUUCUCCCUGAAGUAUAAGCGGGUAUUCUACAUGGUGAGAUCUGUGACAGACUCAUUUUCAAAUUAUCUUUCAGCGCGUGUACAUUGAUCACGUGAUAAGGCGUUAUGUCUGCAUAAAAGCAAGAGCUUCGCCAUAUCAAAGUAUAUAUGAAAUAAAAUAAAGGUACGACGCCGGAGUUGUGUCCGAAGCCUUCAUCUAUUUAAGGAGAUUUUUAUCAAAAGCAGCAAUAUUGAAGUAAGACAUAGUUAAAAGCAGCUGAGGGGCGAAAGGGUGUCUGUACCUUGGAUAACAUAGGCAUGUUAUGAGGAGAUUCUUGUUUUAAGUCCAGAAAUGCACUUUGCCACUUCUUAUAGGUGAUGUAGCCAGGCGCCAGAAAGCACCGACAAUUCUUUUGUAGAUGAAAGUACAAAAUACGAAGAAAUUUUUAAGAAAAAUUUUUAGCCUCAUUCGAAAUAAAACAAAGAUUAAUGUGCGAGAAUUGGAAAACAAUCCUGUUGUUGCAAGCGUUAAUCCUCGCUCCCCAAUAUAUCUAAAAACCGUGGCUUUGUCCAGGACAACUUCUUUCCUUAUGCUUCCGUUGCAUUUUGUGCCACACCUUAUUUACCUCUUAUUCUUAUACCCAAGGAACUUCUGCUACACAAAGCGAAGGUCGCCUGUAAAUGCAUCUUGCACAAAAAUUCACAACAUUUGUGUAAUUGCAGCCCAUGACCUGGUCACGCGGCGUGUGUGACCUCUUGCUUACUUUGAAGCUAUAAAGCUGGUUGCAUACUCCAAGUUUUCUAUGCCUCAAGAGCAGAUCAGUUGAAGCUAUUAUACCGCAACGCCGAAUACUAAUUCCUGUGCCAGUGGAGAUGGGCUCGCAUUAUCUCGCAAGAAAGAGUUCCAGCUGCCGGACCUGCAGCGCUCUUCGGCCGGCUAACAUCUAAUCACUGUAAGAUUCAGUCUCAUGGUAUAAAAUUUUCACAUCGUUUACUACUCUUUGAUAUCUAAUUAACAUGUUACAAGCGAAGACGCCCUCCUUGAGUAAUGCCGCAGAAACCGAUAACAGUUGAAGCAACUGAGGCAUGUAUCCGUUAGAUGCUGCUUGCAUUUCUCCUUAAAUUCAUGGGAAGUUAACGCCGCCGCAUCCUUUUUUUUCCUCGUCUGCGAGGUAAAAUUGUAAUUCCGUUUGAGGCCGCAAGAAAGCCUGCUUCCUGCAGUAGGGUUGAGACUCUAGAGCCCCACGCCUACGACUUUACAUCUCCAGCAUAGCCAAAGAGAUAGAAGGGGGGAGGAGUGCGGAAUUGCUGCCACCCGCUUUUGCCCUCUGUGAGCCCAGAACGGCAUCAAGGCAGUUUUCACGUCUAUGGAAAAUUACGCCAGCAAAUUCAAUUACUUGUCCACGUGAGCAUGCUGUAUGUUGGCGCCGCGCUUUUGAUAGGCAAUUUCUGAGAAUGACGCCAUCUGCGCAGUUGAAUAGGUAAACAUCGGCUGAAGCGCAUCACGCUCAUUUUCUUGCAUACAUUCUUAACACUGGCGAGAAAACUUUCUGCAGAUACUGUUUGGAACUGUGUUGAAUAACAUGAGCUUGGCUCGUAUGCGUUGAUCAGUGAAGCCGCGUUCCUUGAGCGUCCCAUAUCACCGAACUGGAAAUGUUAAACAGUUCAAUACGUGUGCCUGCAGCCCCGCAGGGAGCAGCAAAUGACAUCAAUUGAAGCUAACGCUUUUCUGCUAAGGUGAAGAUAGCCUUAAGAUAGCCCCCAUCAUUUGUCCCGUGUAUUCGACCACUUCUUUGUUGCUUCACUUUGCAGUGUGCGGUUAGCGGCUUCCGACCAUGGCCGUUAGUGUGGAAGGUGCCCUUACAGGACGCCAUAACAACACAGUAUGUGUUUUAGUAGUUACCCAUACAAGAUAUUGUUCAGCGGCAUAGAAGACUUGAGUGGGAAGUAAAUUUCAUCUUGAAUUUGCUUUGUAGCGGAUUUAACUGUGGAUUUACAAGGGAAUUGUCCGCCCCCUUGCAGCUGUUUCUCGUGUGAGCGCGCUACCCCAAAGUUUUGUUUCGCCUUGCGUGAGAUUGUGAGCACGGCUAUAUCACGCACGAAUCUGUGGUUGUUGCCAGCUAUAGUGUUGAGUGUAUUCUGUUGUACGAAACAUCACGUGUCACUACAUUGAGAGAAAUAAAGCUGAGAAAAAACGGG